CACCAAUCUCUCCCUAUGGCAUGACCACUUUCCAUGACCAAGGAAAAACAUACCAUCCAUUGCCCACAUUGCCGCCGCUUCUCCCCUCCGUGCUCUGCCAUUGUUGAGAGAGAGAAAACAAGGGAAACCUGCCAGAGCAGAGAGAAGGCUGGUAGAGGGAAACACUUGGAGAGAACGCAAGAGCUUUUCUUCUUCCAUUCCAAUGCAUGGCAAGGACAGGCAGAUCAUUGGCUUAGGGAUCAAAUCAGCGGCACAAAAGCAGGACUAGCGGAUAGUACACGAAGGAAGGAAGGAAGGAAGAAGUUCCAAGAGCCCAAGAACUUUAGCCGCCGCCAUGGCCGACAGCAGCAACAGCCCGUCGACCUCGUUGUCCGACGAGAGCUCGGAGGCGGAGGCGCAGUGCUGCUCGUCGUCGUCCACGGCGCCGAGCCUUGUCGACGCGGUGGACUUCAGCCGCACCGCCUCGGACGUGUCCACCUUCUCGGAGCGCAGCGUUGACCACAGCGGGCCCUUCGGGACGGCCGCCGUGUCCAAGCUCAUCGGCGGCCGCGGCUCCCCCGCCGCCGCGCUCAGCCGGCUCAGCAUGAAGCCCCGCGCCGACGUGAUCGACCGCCGCUCCACCGAGGACGAGCUGGACCUGGUCAAGGAGAGGUUCUCCAAGCUGCUGCUGGGCGAGGACAUGUCCGGCGGCGGCAAGGGCGUCUGCACCGCCGUCGCCAUCUCCAACGCCAUCACCAACCUCUACGCCACGGUCUUCGGGAGCUGCCACAAGCUGGAGCCGCUGCCGGCCGGGAAGAAGACCAUGUGGAGGAGGGAGAUGGACUGCCUCCUCGCCGUCUGCGACUACAUCGUCGAGUUCUACCCAUCCACACAGCCGCUCUCCGACGGCACCCGCGUCGAAGUCAUGGCCACCAGGCCAAGAUCCGACAUCUACAUCAACCUCCCCGCCCUCGAGAAGCUCGACGCCAUGCUCAUCGAGAUCAUGGACAGCUUCCAGAAGGCGGAGUUCUGGUACGCGGACGCCGGGACGAGGUCGUUCGGGUCGGUGACCUCGUCGUCCUCGCCGUCGUCGUCGUUCCGGCGGUCCACGACGACGACGACCCACCGGAACGAGGACAAGUGGUGGGUGCCGGUGCCGUGCGUCCCGGAGGGCGGGCUGUCCGCGAAGGCGCGCAAGGAGCUCCGGCAGAGGCGCGAGUGCGCGAACCAGAUCCACAAGGCGGCCGUGGCCAUCAACAGCGGCGUGCUGAGCGACAUGGAGGUGCCGGAGUCGUUCAUGGCGCUGCUCCCGAGGAGCGGCAAGGCGAGCGUGGGCGACGCGGUGUACCGCGCCAUGCACAGCUCGGACAAGUUCUCGCCGGACUACCUCCUGGACUGCGUGGACGUGUCGUCGGAGCACGAGGCGCUGGCGCUGGCCGACAGGGUGGAGGCCGCCAUGUACGUGUGGCGGCGCAAGGCGACGGCCAGCCACGGCGCGGGCAGGUCGGCGCAGUGGAGCCGGGUCAAGGAGCUCGCCGCGGCCGCCGACGACGGCGGCGAGGGCGGCAAGAACGUGGCGCUGGCCGGCAGGGCCGAGAGCCUCCUCCUCUGCAUCAAGCACCGCUUCCCCGGCCUCUCCCAGACCACCCUCGACACCAGCAAGAUCCAGUUCAACAAGGAUGUUGGGCAGGCGAUCCUGGAGAGCUACUCGAGGGUGCUGGAGAGCCUGGCGUUCAACAUCGUCUCGUGGACGGACGAGGUUCUUUUUGCCGACAAGGCUGCCAGGAAAUGAAUAGUGGGCGACGGACCAAACCUGACGGACGGAUUCGUCGAGAGAGAGAGAGAGAGAAUGAAUGAAUGCUCUUAAUAAGAGCAAAAUGUACUUACUUUCGAGCCUUGUUCCCAGCCCUCUGUGAUGCUGAAGCUGGGAAACGGCCUAGGUUAGGAUGAUGAUGAUCUUACGGUAACUUUUCUACCGUGGGAUCUCUACUGCUGACGUAGUGAAGGAUUUGUAAGGUCUAUAUAUCUUGCAAAGGAAAUAUGCAGAGUUUGUCUGACCAACAGUGAGUCCUGUAAGAUAAUUUUUGGGUUUUUCCCCUCUGA